AUGCCACCCAAGGCCACCUCCGACGCCUUCACCGGCACCUCGCCGGGGCGCCAGGCCUCAUCCAGGUUUAUUCCACCCCACCAAGAGGGCAACAGUGCCGGCUUUAUCUUAUCGCUGCGUUUCCAACCCAACCAAACUCCAGCCGCGGGCGAUGACCCCAGCGGGCUCCGGAGGCUGGCAGGGCAGGAGCAGGCACGGGGCAUGGAGCCGAAACCCUCCCGGUGCCAAGGCGGCGAUGGGUGGUUUCGGGAGAACCUGCAGGACGUGCUGCCCUCCCUGCCCUCCCAGGAUGACUAUUUCCUCCUGAAAUGGCUCCGAGGUAACCCCAGGCACGUCGAGGUCCGCAAGCACAUGGACGCUGACAACAUCAUCGCCUGGGAGGCCCCCGAGGUGAUCAGGAAGUACAUGUCGGGGGGGAUGUGCGGCUACGACCGGGAGGGCAGCCCCAUCUGGUACGAGAUCAUCGGGCCGCUGGACGCCAAGGGGCUGCUCUUCUCCGCCUCCAAGCAGGACCUGCUCAAGAACAAGUUCCGCGACUGCGAGGUGCUGCGGUGCGAGUGCGAGCAGCAGAGCCAGAAGGCCCUCAGGCGCCUGUUUAUCGUGAAGGCCCCCAAGAUCUUCCCCGUGGCCUACAACCUCAUCAAGCACUUCCUGAGCGAGGACACCCGCAAGAAGGUCGUGGUCCUGGGAUCCAACUGGAAGGAGGUCCUGCAGAAGUACAUUGACCCCGAGCAGAUUCCGGUGGAAUACGGGGGCACCCUGAUGGACCCCAACGGGGACCCUAAGUGCCCGAGCAAGAUCAACUACGGGGGGGACGUGCCCCAGCACUACUACGUGCGGGACCAGCUGGCGCAGCAGUACGAGCACACGGUGGUGGUCAACCGCGGCUCGUCCCACCAGGUCGAGUACGAGAUCCUCUUCCCCGGCUGCGUCCUCAGGUGGCAGUUCAGGUCGGAGGGAGCUGACGUGGGUUUCGGGGUGUACCUGAAGACCAAGAUCGGGGAGCGGCAGCGGGCGGGCGAGAUGACCGAGGUCUACCCCAACCAACGCUACAACUCCCACAUGGUGCCCGAGGACGGCUCCAUCACCUGCUCCACGCCCGGCAUCUCACCAACACCGAGUACUGGUACCGGAUACCAGCACCGCACACCGGGCACUGACACUGGGUACCGGUACUGCAACACCGGCACCGAUACCGGGUACCAGCACCACGCAGCGGCCACCGGUCACUGUCACCGGGACUGUGCACCAGCACCGAUACCGGGUGCUGGCACCAUGCACCGGCACCAUGCACUGACACUGGUCACUGUCACCGGUACUGGCACCGGGACGGUGGAUUUCCUGAUGGACUCCAGCCUCCGCAAGCUCUACAGGGUGCCGGGAGAGCCCCCGGCCCCACACUGA